AUAUGGGCUUGUGAUAAUUGUGCCGAGGGAGUGGAUGGGGAAUAUGGGGAGGCACAUGCGGGUGUGGCGAGAGGAGACGACGGAUCGUUCAGGCUGCAAGAUUACUACUCUUGGGCAUACGUCAGAAAAAGAUGAAGGAGUUAAGCUGCACUUUUCCAGCCGGGGGUGUGUCAUUACUGGUCCAAUUAAGAUGUACUCUUUGACCACGGAGAAUGGAUGUAGUUGGGGUGCUGAAAAACUUGUCAACUUGAACUGUAGAAGAAUGGCAAUUGGCCAUGAAAUUAUACUAUGGACGGGCAAUUGAUUUAAUUGUACUUUGGACUGGCAAUUGAUUAAAAUAUAUUUUGCACCAUAUUAAUGCAGCAACGAUCAAUUGACUUGUAUAGUUCUCUAGAAGGACAAUUGCAGGAUUGGGUUUACAAGAAUACUCCUGUGGACGCAAUUGAGAACACUAAUAGUGAGCCAAUCCUACAGUAUCAUCAAUUGGCUCUGCGUAGCUCAAUUGGCUCUGCGUAGCUCAAUUGGCUCUGUGUAGCUCAAUUGGCCCUACAAUUAGUAGCUCAAUUGGCCUCACCAUAUUGUACUUCUCGGAUUGCCCGGACUGCCAUGCCAUUGCCUCUACUAUAGUAGUCCCAUUGCCUCUACUAUUAGCCCCAUUGCCUCUUCUAUUAGCCCCAUUGCCUCUACUACCACCGGUUCGGCUCUACCAUUACCAUCCCGAAGCCUCCUG